CAUGCCUGUACACGUUCUGUAAAGCCAAUCACAGUCCAGAACACGGGAUUCGAAUUUAAACGUAAAAACAGUGUUGUGAAAUGUAGUUAUGCUUCACUGUUGUCUUUUAAACGCUACUGGACAGAACAAAUACAGUGGGGGUUACAAAUACAAGGAAUAACUAAGAAACGAGAAGAAUAAUAGUAUUUUCACAGCAAAUCACACUUGAAAGUGAAGUUGCUAACAGCCAAACAAAACAGAGAAGGAAGCGAUGCUUGCGCUGUGAAGUAAUCGGUACCGUCUGUUAGUAUCUCUCGUUAAGAAUUGAGUAAAGCAGCCAUGGUCCGAGAGAGGGUGGAGAAGAAGUCCUUCCAGGAGAGCCUGGCGGACAUCAAGGAGAAGAUGAAGGAGAAAAGAAACAAGCGACUGGCCCGCGCUACCACAGGGAAACCAGCUAUAACAUCCAUGCUUAAAACCCAGAUCAUAAAUACCUCUUCAUUCAUGCUGAAGGUUCAGACUAACAAUAAGGCAUUGGCAUUGGCUGUGCAAGCAGAGAAAGAAAAAGUAAGACAAGCUCAAGAUCUCAUACUGCAUAUGAAGAAGGAGCAGCAGGCUAUGAUAUUUCACAUAUUGAUGUUGAAAAGAAAACUCAAAGCACAAGAAGCUCUGGACAGUGUACAGAGCGGUCCUAAACCUGACACAACCCAAACUGACAGGGAUUUGCACAUUUCUCCUUCGUCAAAUCCUCUGGUUAGGUGGGUUCCUGUCACUGAUUCCGCUGAUCCAAAAAGUCCCACAGAGGGGUUACAAAAUCCUUGUCCUGCAAAUAGAGAAAUAUCCAAUGAUGUACAUUCUGAUGAUGAUAAUGCUGUCCAUAGGAGUGUAAAGGGUGUUGUUCUGUCAAGAAACGUGACAUCCAGGCGACGAGGACUUGAUUGUCAAAGAGAUGUGUCCGACGUUAGAGAGAGCGUAGAUGAGACACUUCAUAAAGUUGCUCCUGUAACUGGAAAAGCUUGUGAAGGAGAAACCUCAGAAGAAAAAGUUGAUGUUAACCAUGAAACAGGAACUCCAGAAAGAGAGAAUGAAGCCAAGGAGACAAUGUUACAGGAAGAUUUUGAUCUGGAACUGCUGUCCAUUGAGCCACGUGAUGCCAAACAUUCAACACCUGAGCCUCAAGGUAAGGUCUCAGUAUGUAAGAAAAAACAGGAUACUGGGACCAAGACUGGAAGAGGCAGAAAAGACAAAGCUGACAGAGUUCCUUUGAAAAAGCCAUGGGAUACUAAACAACCCAGAGCCAGAUCUAAAAGCAGAGAUAGAAAUCAAACUAAACCUAAGAAUCUGCCCAAUGACCAAAUAAAUGUAUCAAUUGGAUCAAAUGAUGCCUAUGACUUUAAUUGUGAGGAGGUCAUUCACGCGACCCCUUUCCGGUCCCAUAACAAGCCUAGGGAGGAAGAGGAAGAUACUGUGGUGAAUGAGGCUGACCCUGGCUGUGCUUCUGAAGAUAGCAGUGACUCUGAGAUCAGUUCAUCAGAGGAUUUGGAUUGCAGCAUCUACGAACCUGGCAAUAGAAAGGGAAAGAAGAAUAAGCAAGAUUCAAGCCACCUCACAGAAAAAGCAGAAAUUCCUCCCAGAAGACCCAGGUCAAAAAGGAGGUCCAUUGUGCAGUCCUGGCAGAGAUCUGGAAAAGAAAACGUAGAUGCUGGAUCAAAUGAAGCAAUAUCUGCUGUUGAUGAAGGACAUAAAAAGCUAAAGGUUACAGCAACCCAAGCUCCCAAAAUGAAAGCUGAUUGCUGCCAUGAUAUGAACUAUUCACAUCUACCAGCAGAUAUGGAAGUACCCCAAAAAACAGAGAAACCUUUAUAUGGAACUGUGGAGACUGAAGAAUAUCCAGCAGGUGAAGCCCUUUGUCUGCCAACCAGCCUUUGUGAUUUCACAAAUAUUUCCUCUGCAUCCCGUGAGAAGGAAUUGAAGAUACCCGGCACUCUCCUAAACAGCAAGACUGCAAAGCCUUUAACGCCUGUUCGGAAGCGCAGGUGCACGCUUGCUGUGUCCUACAAGGAACCCACUCUAAAUGCGAAACUGCGCAGAGGGGACAAAUUCACUGAUACUGAAUUUUUACAUUCACCAAUCUUCAAACAGGAAUGUAAGAGGAAAUCCAUAAAAAAUGAGAAGUUUGUGAAAUAUAAUGAAUCAUUUGUUGGCUGCCGUCCUUAAUGUUUUUAUUUUUAAGCCAUUUCAAAGAAUUGCUUUUUAUUCUGUACAUAAUUAACUGCAGUCGUAUUCAAAUUGUCCCCAUAAUAGGCUAUAGAAAAAUUGAAUUAUUUUUAAAUGAAAGGAAAGGAUGGCAUAUUGGCGGCAUCAUUUGGGGAGUAAUUUGAGAUUCAAUUUGACAAUAUAUCUCCACCCAAUACAAUAUUAAGCAGUGUAUUCUGUAGUAAUGAUGAUCUUUGUAUGUUUGGUACAGGUAUACUGUUUUUACAUGGAAUUAAUGUUUUAUAUUAUUGAAUUGUUUUUCCGUUGUAAUAAAAGUCUAAACUCAAAUAA